CAAAAAAAGAAAAAAAAAGGAAAAGGAAAAAAAACAGAAGAAUGGAAAAAAAAAUUCUCGCUUAUUGGACCAGACCAACUGCCCUGACAUUCAUGCUAGGAUUCCUUUGCCCUUGCUUAUGGUGAGCGCUAGGAAAUCCAUGCCUGGAGCCGUGAUACUGUGAGGGCAAACAAACAUGAGUAUCAAUAACUACAAUGGCCAACAGUCCAUAGAAUCUAGAUUAUUCAGUUAAAGCAGCAGGACUACAAAGAAGAGAACAAUAAAUAUUUCAUAUGUAGUUUGUGAACAUCGUCUUCCCAGGGUUGAGCGGUUGACUCCAGGAGGAAGGGCGCAACUGCACAUACCACAUAACUGCCAAAAUGGAACCUGAAAUUCAUCGACCGGACACAUAUUUCUGUUGCUAUCUAGAUAAAGGCUCACAGAACCUACAAUGUGGUUAUUCUUGUCACUUCUCUGAACGCACAUUACAAUAAUGCUUAAAAAAAUUGGUUAUUACCAAAGCGUGCUGAUUACAAGAAAACAUGAAGUAUUAUAGCCUUUUGCAAUGUUAAGCUGACGUGGAUGGGCUGUUUCCGAUGGAGCCCAAGCUCCAACGAUGUAGGAAUGGACAAGGAGAUGAAACAACAGCUACAACAAGAAACAAGCCCGCCACCAUUUGGCUUCUGCUUGUGCUAACAAUAAUUUAAGCAGUGAACUAUAUGAUGGUAAAGCUAGCUUUGGACGUUAUUGGUCCUGCUCAUUAUUUUUUCUAGCCUUGGGUAAGUUCCGCGCAAUUUUCUGAACUGAGAUUAAGAUAAACUAUCCGUAUUGGACCACAACUCGAGCCCAAUUGGAGCACGCUGUCCAAUUUUUGUAGGUUCUCUGAUCUAAUACAUAAAAAAUGAAGUGGUAUAGAAGUUUAAGCCCUCCAAGAAUUAAUAACUUAACAUAUGUGCACAGGCCAGAUGCCGCAUAAACUAACACAUAGCCGAGUCACGUGGGAAGUUGGGAACAAGAACAAUGAUCAGUUUGGAAUUAAAAACAGAGAUACUAAUGCAUUGUUUAAAAAUGUACGUACAAUCCAGAGGGCUACAAAUCCUGAUAUAGCACAGACACCCAAAUGGAUCAAGUUUUACUAACUAACUAGGGACUCAUCUAAGUAGAACUAUUGGCAAACAGGGGGUAUAUACUGUUACCUGUAACAAGGUGCUGAAAUGAGACUCACGGUUCUUUCUGAAGGUAAAGUGCAAAAGGUUCUAGAUUCAGUCUUAGUGUUGUUCAACAAACAAAAGGAUAUUACACAACAUAAAACAACGGUAAUAUUAGUGUAACUAGGCAGACAUAUUGGUUGAAAUAGAAAUGCCUUCAGGUAAACAAUAGUACACACAUGACAAAUGAAAAUGACAAAAACAAAGUUAAAGGCGAAUAAGGGUAAAAACAAAGCAAGACGGUGCAACCCGGGGAAGUUUCCAAGGACAGCAUUAGAUUUAUACUUAUGAUUACUUCUUGGCUGCGUCCAAAUACAAAUUCUCUUUAAAUCACCAUUCAUGUCCUUUAUGUGGCUGCUUGAAACCAGCAUUUGACACCUCCUUCGAGUUACUACAUCUGAGCUGCAAUGUGUGCUUCAGUGGUAGGAGGAUGGGUAGCCUCAGCUUUCAUCACAAAGCUAGUUGAGAAGGUGUGCACCUAUGCUGGAGACCAGUAUGAAUACCAACGGAAAGAUACAAAGGAGAAACUAAGUAUCCUAGAGAAGAAUCUAUCGUCGACCCAAACAGCGAUACAUAUAGCUGAGAGAGUGCAGGCAAAGAACACAGCCAUGGGAAGUUGGCUAAGGAGAAUCAAAGAUGCCGCCUGUCAAGCUGAGGAUGUUCUCGAUUUGUUUGACUAUCGAGUUCUCCAAGCACAAGCUGAAGACAGGGGCAUGAUUAGCUCAGUUUCUUCAGCUGCAGCUGGCUCAUCUUCUUCAUCCUCAAGCACCAUCACCACUGCCUCUACCACCACUAGCAGUAGCAGCAGCUCAACAGUAAAUCAGUCGGUUCGUCUUCUCAAGCGCUUCCUUUUCUCUGAUGAAGAUAUAGAUGAGUUGAUUUCUGUAGUGGAUAAGUUUGUUGAGAUUGAUAGUGAGAUGCAAAGAUUUCUGGAUUUUGUCAACAUAGAGGACAGCAAACCAGAACAGGCAGUUCAGUGGCGCACAACAAGCUCUAUGCCAAGCUCAGGGAAGUUUUUCGGUCGAGUUAAUGAAGAAAACCAUCUGAAGAAAUUACUUGUUCAGAUCAAUGAACAAUCCAGUCAGCCAUAUGAUGUUAUAUCAAUUGUUGGUAUUGGUGGUGUUGGUAAGACAGCGCUAGUACAGAGAGUGUAUAACCACUUGGAUGACACACAUCACUUUGAUCUCACAGUAUGGCUCCAUGUCUCAGAUACAUUUGAUGUUGUAUGUCUAACAAAAGAGAUGGCAGAGUCAGAUAAUCUCAGCAGUAGUUUAGAUCAAGCUCAGAGGAUACUUCGGGAUAAGCUGAAUGGGAGAAAGGCUUUGAUAGUCCUUGACGAUGUAUGGAAUGUAUUGAGGAGCCAAUUGGAGAACCUGUUCAAACCCCUGAAGUUUGCUAGUAAGGGCAGCAAAGUAAUAAUUACAACUCGAAGUAAAAAUGUUGCAAGUAUGAAUGCAUCAACAGAGAUCAUGGAGUUACAUGGCUUAGAAGAUAAAGACUACUGGGAUUUCUUUUCACAAUGUGCAUUCGGUGAUGCAAAUCCUUCUGAUUUUCCACAACUGAAAAGAAUUGGCCAAGAAGUGGUGAGCAAGUUGGCCGGAUCACCUUUAGCUGCAAUGACAGUUGGGAGUUCAUUGAAAGCGGUGCUAAAAGAAGAACAUUGGAGUUCUAUCCGUGGAAAGAAAUUGUGUCAAAUAGAGCAAAAGGAAGAUGAUAUCAUAUCAGUAUUGCGACCGAGUUAUGAGCAUCUUCCUGACCAUUUGAAGCAAUGCUUUGUUUACUUUGCAUUGUUUCCUAAGAAAUACCACCUUCGAGGAGAUGAGCUAAUACAGAUGUGGAGAGCUCACGGUUUCCUUGACACGCAAACACCAGAAGAAACUGCACGUCGUUACAUCAAUGAUCUCUUGCAGCUUUUAUUCAUUGAGAAGGUACCCAACCAAGAGGACCACUAUGUAGUUCACGACUUGCUACAUGAUUUUGCAGAGUCGGUGUCCAAUGGAGAACACUUCCGAAUAGAAGAUGACUUCAAUGUAUGUAUUCCAAGAAAUGUUCGCCACCUAUAUGUCAGUGCAAGCAAUAUCUUAAAGGUGUACAUGAGUUUGGAAGACUUAAAGAAAAAUCUGAGAAGCUUAAUAAUAAGCAAGGCACAAGAAGGUGCUUCUUGCGAAAGGGUCUCCUCGUCAAACUUCAAUCAUGUACUUGAACAUAUACUCAAAGAGCUAAGAAGCUUACGCGUUUUAGUACUGUGCAAUCCUGAUGGUAUGCUUCCAGACAGUCUUGAUCAUUUGGUCCAUCUUAGGUAUCUAAACAUCCAUGAAAGUAGAAGCUUCAUCAAUGUCCCCAAGUCAUUAUUCAAACUCUACCAUUUACAAGGGUUGAGUCUGCAAACUCAAGACAGGAUCAUGAAAAAGGAACUCCAAGAGGGCUUAAGUAGGUUGACCCAGUUAAGAUACUUGAAGGCUCCGAAGAAAAUAAUUUCAGGCAUAGAAUUGAUUGGCAGGCCGAGAUCCCUCAAAAGAACUAGAGAAGAACAAAGUGAAGAGUAAUAUGAGGCACAACAUAUGCCAACUGAGGGAGUUGAAUGAACUUCGAGGGAUGCUAACCAUAAAAAAUCUUCAGAAUGUAAGAUGCAGGGAACAAGCAACAUGAUUCAUCUCACAUCCCUUGAGUCUCUGUGCAUAGAGAAAUGUCCAAAACUUGAGUCGGUUCCCCAGAUAGGCUUACCUCCUCCUUGAAGAAACUCAGUGUCAUAAAAUGCAGCAAAACAUUUGGUCAGCUCUGCUCUGAGAUCAACUCAAGAAGCACCAACACGACGCAGCAGGUUAUCGUGAGGGAACCUAUUGUUGGCAACGCAAUAAAAAGAAGAAGGACAUCAGCACAAUAGAAAACAUGUAAGCAUGCCGAACAUAUUGUCUUCUUUUUCAUCAAUAUGAAUUGAAGAAACAUGUAAAUCAAUCUUAUCCAAUCAAUCAACAAGAUGGAUGGAAAUAAAAAAAAUACUUUACCACAUGGAUUGCUGUUCUAGAAGGUCAAUGUUAAACAAGAUAUUCAUGCUUUAUUCAAUGCUUCGGUUUCUUUGCAGCUCGGAAGUGCAGAAGUUCCUUUUCUGGAGGAUAGAUGGCCGAACAAGUACUUUCAAAAAAAAAAAAAGAUGGCCGAACAAGUGCAUGACUAGCAGCCUGCACCAGCUCUCUUCUCCCUUGUGACAACAAGAAUCAAGAAUACGCAAAUUGUUCAGGAGGCUCUAAAUAAUGAAUGGAAUGCUGAUGUUUUGGGAUCUCUCAUUGUCCAGGCCAAUUCACGAAGAGCCGCAUCUUUGGGACAGUUGAGUGCCAGCACACUUGAUUCACUGACACCAGCGAAGUUCUUGUGGAAAUGGAGAAACAAUGGAGGGUAUUCAAUAUGAUCAAAUUAUAAGAUCCAGUGUAGGUUCUUCCAGUUCAGCAUAUUGGUGGCAGAAGCUUGGUAAAUCAAAGUUACAUCUUCCUGCAUUGAAUAGCAGAUUCAGGGGAUCGCAAUUGUGGUUUUACUCACCCUAAUUUGCAGCUCUACUGGAUACAUAAUCAAGGAGUGCAAACUCAGGAGGCUGGUUAGAGCGGUGCAGUAGAUCGUUGUUCCAGGGAGAUACAGCUAUUUUGUUUAUGUCCUACUUAGGCAGAAGGUUAACUAUCAGGCUUAUUGUUCUUUUGUUAAUAACUUAUAUGCUGUCCUUGCUCACAGCAUUGAAAGACAUUUUUGUGAUUCUUUGCUCCUUCUAAACAAAAUUACACACUUGGCUUAUGCACAUUAU